UAGCGGCAACGACGUUUUCUUUCAUUUAGGGUUAAUCUAUCUUCCUCUUCUCGAUCACUUCGAAGGAGAUCGCUAAUUUUAUGGGACUGGAGUUUGGCUCUUUGGCCAAUUUUACAUGCCUUAGAGAUGAAUGCGGUUCCCUAAAUCAUCUCUUCAACCUCUUCACCCAUAUUCGCAACGGUUCAUUUUCUCCUUGUGAAUAUCUUUGUUGAGGCUGAUACAUGCAUGAUUCAUCAUUCUUCAACUCAAAUCUCUUUCGCUCUAUUCUUUCUAUUGUUUUUUUUUCUUAUUUUGAAUCGGUAUUUAAAUUCGAUUUUGCUCCGAGUAGUAAUUCAGGCAGCCCCUAUGCAAUUUUCAUGGCAUUGGAGGCGUUAAACUGCUCGUAGAUUGAAUUGCUUAUGCUCUUCAGACUUGCUGAGAUUUCCUUUGAAGCUGGUCUAGUAAGCCUAAGUACAUUUGUUUUUCUUUUACCGAUUUUGGGUCGUUUUCUUGCUUGAUUUCUGUUUCAGUGUUCAUUAUUUGAGAUCGUUUGGCUGAUCAAUGAUCGGUAAGUAAGAAUAUACGGGAAUUGUUCAUAAAUUAGAGAUGUCUAUCAAAUAAAGCAAAUAGCAGCAGUAGAACAUCUAUCAAGUUGAAGUUAAUUGUGGUUUCAAUCAAACAAGGCGUUCUCUCAUUUUUCUCUAAAAUACUCAAUACUUUGUAUGAAAUCGAGAACUGGAAGAUUUUGAUCUUAAGAGAUUGGAUAUUAAUUUACAAAACUCAAAAUUUAGUGGUUGAUUAAUUACAAUCGAAUGAACAUCGAAGUUAGUAGUCGUAUAUUGUGAUCUUGCCAAAUUUUGUAAAUCAUCCUAAAUAAACAAGAACAAAGAAUCCCAAUGCAUAUCGAACCUUCCCAUAAUCAAUAGGUCCCAAUUUGAAGUCUCCUUUCCUUCAUAUCUUUUUGAAGCAUAUUUUCCAUUGGUUACGCAGAUGCUAGAUAUUAAGGGUGAUACGAACCAAUAUAAACUGAUCCAAUGGUUUGGUUUUGGUUUUCUAGCACCAAAGUGGACUUCUCAGGUUUGAAAUUUUGUUGGAAGAACUAGUGAAAAAAAUUUAUUUAUUAUUUAGAAUAAAAAAUAAAAAGAAAAGGAAUAAACCCAGUUUUAAUUUUAAUUUAAAGAAUAAAUUUUUGAAAGAAAUAAUAUCUAAAUACCGAGAACUAAAUCAAUAUUAAAUGGAAAUUAAUGGGGUUAAUUUGGUUGGAGCUUGUUUGUGGUUGGGUUCUCGUCUCAAAAUUGAACUCCCACCCAGCGCAGAAAAAUUUAGUAUGGUAUUUAAAAUAUAAAAAGCUCUUCAUCAUUCUAAUAACAAUAAACAAAAGAAAAUAAGUAAAGGUAACUAAGUUGUCGAGUACUGAGCAAAUUGUCAAGUAUUGUGGGAGAAAUGUUUUGAUUGUGGGAAACAAAGUUGAAAAAAAAAGAAAAAAAAUCUUUGAAAUAUAGGAAAUAUUUUUGAAUUUAGUAUACCAAAUGACAAAACACAAUGGAAAGAACGGCUAUCGAAGAACUUCCUUUCAAGAAUAAGAUUAGUAACUCCAACACUCUUUAGAUUUAAGGAUACAAUGGAUGUUAUGAAAUUUGCAAUUUAGAUCCUAAAGGUUGGUCUUGACUUCGGUCAAGACCUCGACUAUUUGGACUAAGAGAAGAAGAUAGUUUAGGUCAAAACUCCAAAUUAACCUCCUUGAUUAGCAUUUUUAUUCCAUCCAGAUUAGCAUUUUUAAAUUAAAACAACAAUCGUGUUUUAAAUUAAAACAAAAAUUUGUACUAAUCUGUCUUUUUUUUAAAAAAAAGAAUUUAAUUUUGUUUGUGUCAAAAACUUAAAAAUGAAGGAGUGUUGGAUUAGGCUCAUAAAUUAUUAUUAUUUAUUAAUUGUUUUUUUGAGUAAAAUCUUAAUUUUUGGCUUUCGUUGGCGCGGAGAUGACGUGCUUUCGUUCCAUCCUCAGAAAGCAGAAUGACCGUGACGAUGAAGGAAAACCAUUCUGUUCUCUUGUUCAUUGUUUAGCUCUGUUCCCGCUCCAAUGGCCACGAUCGCUACAACUCUUACGAAGAUCAACCUCGUCGGAUUUUCUCCACCUCGAUCCUCUUCUUCUAGAUCUUCCUUCAGUUCUGCUCGUUGCUCACCAAUCCAGCAGGUCCAGGUUGAUUCAACAAUUGAAUGCGAACCUUGUAAUGGUAAAGGAUGGAUAGUGUGUGAUUUCUGUGAAGGCCAGAAGACUAACGUGAAGGCUGAGAACAAUCGUAUCUACCGACGCUGUCCGUCUUGCCGAGCUGUUGGAUAUGUUCUAUGUUCAAAGUGCAAGGUUUUCAAGUGUGUUACUUUCCCAAACUUCAAUGACGGGGUGAAAUGGGGUUGAAGUUGGACCAGAGGAGCUCUCAUCAUCAAUGGCAUGAGCUUCUCAUUGCCAAGUCUUGUAGGAGUUUUUCUUAUAUUUUUAUUUAAUGUGGUUGAACAUUGAGUAUUUGUUCUUCUGAUUCUCUCUGAAGCCAAUGUAUUUAUUCUUGGUUUAUGGUUUAUCUUGCUAUCCUUUGAAUUAACAAAGAAUAUGCAGGUAAUAAACGGGGAAUACACUCAACUUUUUGGAUGCUUGUAGAGGUGAAUUUCAAUUUCGAUAAAUGUUUGAUUCAUCUGA